AGUUCAUCCAAUCCCAUUCAUUCCUUCAAAAUCCAUCUUCGUUUCUCUCUCUCUCUCUCUCUCUCUCUCUCUCUCGCUCUUCCCUCUUUCUUCUCCGUCGUCAGAUCUCCUCUGAUAUAAAAACAAAAAAAAACGCGACGCGCGCCAAAUACGAAUCGAAUUCAUUCGUCCUCUCUUCUCCUCUCUUUCAGGAGCAGACUGGGUAUUGAUAAGAUGGCGGAAGCACCGGCAAGUCCAAUGGGUGGUGGGAGCCACGAGAGUGGUGGUGAGCAGAGUCCACAGUCGGGUGGUGUGAGGGAACAGGACAGGUACCUGCCGAUUGCAAACAUCAGCCGCAUCAUGAAGAAGGCGCUGCCAGCCAAUGGGAAGAUUGCCAAGGAUGCCAAGGACACUGUCCAGGAGUGCGUCUCCGAGUUUAUUAGCUUCAUAACCAGCGAGGCAAGUGACAAGUGCCAAAAGGAGAAGAGAAAGACAAUUAAUGGUGAUGACUUGUUAUGGGCAAUGGCAACCUUGGGGUUUGAAGACUAUAUUGAGCCACUCAAGGUAUACCUGGCUAGGUACAGAGAGUUAGAGGGUGAUACCAAAGGUUCUGCAAGGGGUGGAGAGGGAUCGGCUAGAAAGGAUGUUUCAGGAGGUCAGCCUGGUCAGAAUGUCCAGUAUGUUCAGCAGGCUUCAUUAACUCAACCUGUGGGCUAUAUGAAUCCACAGUUCGGUCAACAGGGCUCAGUAAAUUACGUCAAUGCGCAUCAAUGAAUUGCAUUAGUUCUUUUUCAGGCUAAAGUUGGAAGAGAUUGACAUUCAGGCACAGAUGCAGCAUUUGCAAGCUCUUUUGGUGGGAGGUGAAGCAUGGUGCGAGGAGCUCCUCUUCUAUAGAUAUUAUGGUGAAUGGCAAGGUAGAUAUAGGCAAAUAAUAUUGAAAAAGCAUCUAUAAUGUGGUCAUAUUAGUUCACAAUAUGGUGUACUUGUAGGUCUGGAAUAGUGAGGGAUUGAGGGUUUGACGUCUAGGAUAUUUUUGCUUCUUAAUUAGGAAAAGUGCUACAGUUGCCUGAGAUUCUGUAAAUUUGGUUCACUCAUUGAGCACCUGAUCGACUUUUUAUAUCGAGAUUUCAGC